GGCUUUAACCAGAUUUCGGGACUGCCUAAUAAGAGCUGGGGAGAAAGAGAGAGAGAGUGUCAAACAGCGAUCCUUGGAACUUGUUUUCGGGUUGGCUAGAGACACCUCUGACGUCAGGGAGUGGGCGUGGUUUUAACCCAGCGGCAACAUUCCCGCGUCUGUCUGUCUCAUUUGCGGAAUUGCUUUCGGGGGGAGCGCAUCGCUGUUACGGCCAUCCGAUGCUAUGCGGGGCUGGCUGCGGAGGCUGGGCUCGCCUCUCUGCGGGAGGACCGGCCUCGCCUCUCGGAUCUUUGGCUUUGAGAAGAGCCCUUGGCGAGGCUUCUCCGGAGGAAGCAGCGAUGGGCCUGAAUCCGACUGGAGACGCCGGAGAAGAAGACCGCUGUCUCCGUUGGAAAGGCUGAGCCGGCUGCUCCCCGAGGAGCUCCUCUCCCCCGAGGUCCAAACCUUGCGGGACGAACAGCCGGAGCCCGAGGGAACCCCGAAGGCGCCUCCCAAGGACAUUCCCUUCCAGCUCGGGGAGCUGGUGCUGGCCGAGGUCAGGCGGAGGCGGACUGGGGAGUUCAAGAGGCUGUGGCGCCUGGCGCCGGCAGAGGGCGCCCUGAACAGCACCUGGGGGGCCGUGCCGCACCGAGAGAUCCUGGGCAAGCUCCCCGGGCAGUUGCUGCGGACCUCGGCUGGGCAGUGGCUCCUCGUCCGGAGGCCCACCCUGGAGGAGUUCGUGCUGCUCAUGAAGAGGGGGCCCACCAUCGCCUACCCCAAGGACAUUAACACAAUGCUUCUGCUAAUGGAUACCAGCCAAGGAGAUACAGUGCUGGAAACUGGCUCUGGGUCUGGUGGUAUGAGUUUAUUUCUAUCAAGAGCAGUUGGCUCACAAGGGCGUAUUAUAAGUUAUGAAAUCAGGAAGGAUCAUCAUAAAGUGGCAAAGAAGAACUACCAGACCUGGUGUGAUGCAUGGAAAAUAGGGCAUACUGUGGAGUGGCCAGAUAAUGUGGACUUCAUUAAUGCAGACAUAUUGACAGCAGUGGAGGAUUUGAAAGCUAUCACAUUUGAUGCAAUAGCUUUGGAUAUGUUGCUCCCCCAGAAUGCUUUGCCUACAGUUAUCCCGAACCUUAAGGAGGGAGGUGUUUGUACAGUAUAUCUUGCAAACAUCACCCAGGUUGUUGAUCUGUUGGAAGUAAUCCGAACCAGCAAAUUAAACCUUUUUUGUGAAAGAAUAGUAGAAGUGACACACAGAGACUGGUUAGUAAUUCCAAAUUCAUGGAGAAAUGGUAACGUUUUCCAAAACAGUGAAUCAAAGCCAGAUUUCGAUGAUGAAUUGGAUGGCCAUGAUGAAAAUAAUGAUCCUUCUGCAGAAGAGAGAGAGCACGAUGAGGCUUUUGUUUCUGAUGGUGCAAAACCACCUUACAUUGCUAGACCUUAUCCAUGGCAAACUGGUCACACAGCAUUUCUCGUCAAAUUGCGGAAGUUUAAUCCAGCAUAUUCAAAUGAUGUUCCAAAUGCUACAUGCUAGUUUGAAGAGUGCACUUCACUGGAAUUAAAACUGUAAUUAUUUAUUGCCUAUCCAGUUUGGAAAAACCCAGUCCUUAUUUAUACGGACUAGAUUUUUGAUACUAUAUGUUUCAAUAAAAUAUGUCAUUUUAAAAAUAAACUUAAGACAACAAAUA